UUGGGACUGAGCCCUCAGCCAUACAACAGUCGAGUGGUCUCAUGUCAGCCAAUGUUGGGGACACAGUGACUUUGCAGUGCUUCUAUGAAGGCAACAUGGCCAUGCAUUUCUCUUGGUACAAGCAACCCUUGGGAGAAAAACCUCAGGUCAUCUCAACAGUCUAUAGGUAUGACGAGGCUCCUACAUUUUACCAUGAAUUCAAGGGUAACCCUCGAUAUUCAGUGCAAAGCGGCCAAGGAAUAAAUCACCUCAGCAUCUCAGACAUAAAUAGCUUGGAUUCAGCCUUGUACUACUGUGGGAGCGCACACUCAAAUGUGUUGGAAUUUGGAAAAGGAACCUUCCUCAAUAUAAAAGGCUCCAACAGCAAGACAGUUGUAGAGCAGCCUGUGUCUGAGUCAGUCCAGCCAGGAGACUCUGUGACUCUGAACUGUACAAUACACAUGGAGACCUGUGCAGGAGAUCACAGUGUCUAUUGGUUCAGACAUGGCUCAGGAGAAUCCCAUCCAGGAAUCAUUUACACCCAUGGAGACAGGAGUGAUCAGUGUGAGAAGAGCCCUGAGGCUGGGUCUCCUACACAGAGCUGUGUCUACAACCUCAUCAAGAGGAACCUAAACCUUUCUGAUGCUGGGACUUACUACUGUGCUGUGGCCUUAUGUGGGGAGAUACUCUUUGGGAAAGGGACCAAGCUGGACAUUCAAGGCUUUCUGAAAGCUGCAAAUCACCACAAGAACAGCCUGAGGAUGUCCUGGAUGUUGACCGCCGUUGUGGUCCCCCUCUGGUGGUUUACCCUGGUAGGCUUUCUGCCAGUGGAGCAGUCCACCACCAGAAUGGGCAGCGGAUGUCUGGGUUGGGGAUCGCCUUUCCAAACCCGUCGUCUGGUCGCCCAGGCUGCCAUGGUUACCUGCAAGGAAACACAUGCCGCCAUCAUCGCAGUGCACAAAAAGGGCUUCACAGGCAAGGAUAUUGCUGCUAGUAAGAUUGCACCUAAAUCAACCAUUUAUCUGAUCAUCAAGAACUUCAAGGAGAUCAGUUCAUUUGUUGUGAAGAAGGCUUCAGGGUGCAUAAGAAAGUCCAGCAAGAGCCAGGACCGUCUCCUAAGGUUGAUUCAGCUGCGGAUUCGGGGCACCACCAGUACAGAGCUUGCUCAGAUCUAG